ACAGGCACACACACGGCCGUCGUUCACUCUCGUAGUAUCCAGCCGGGUCCGCACACCUUUCGCCAGCCUCAUUGGAUCAAAGCCGCCCGUCGCCGCCGGCGCGGGAUGCCCCAGCUGGAGGCAGUGGUGACGUCACAGAACGUCCGCCAAUCGGCGGCGCGGCUGAUGGCCGGCGGGCGACAGGGCACUUAUACGGUGCCGGGAGGGUGCCGGCAUUCGAGUGUGGAUUGGAGAGGUGGAAGGUUGUGAAUAGUGCGGCAGAACGCAGACAGCCAUGUGGACGACAGCACUCGUAGCGCUGGCUCUGGCUCAUGCCGGCCAUGGGUUCGUCAUGUCUGGGCUGAACGUGCCCCCGGCUCCCGAGUACGGCGCAACAGUCACCCUGGAGACCAACUACCGGCUCGGCCGCGGCGAGUACAUCAGGAAGAUGAAGUGGUACAAGGACGAUGUCGUGUUCAUGUCGUACGCUGAGCGCCCCAAGAAGUUCCUCAACUGGUCGCCCCUGCCCGGCGUCAACAUCGAUGAGGCGGCUUCUACGCCGAGUGCUGUGGUGCUGACCGAUGUCGGGGACGAGACGUCCGGCCAGUAUACGCUAGAGGUGCAGGUGUACGGACCCGGCGGCAACGUGGCCAACAUCGUCAACGGACAGUACAUGAGCGUCGGAGGAGCGGACACCCUGGGAACUCGGUUCGGCGGUAAUGCAGGCGCCUUCAACCCGGGCACCUUCUUCCAGGGAUUCGGGCCCGGAUUCCCGUUCAACAACUUCCAGGGCACGUUCCAGAGCUCUUCCAGCACCGGUGACCUGGGUCCCGACUCGCUCGGCACGCGCACCUCGUUCCAGAGCUCGAGCUCCAGCGCCGGCGGCGCGGUGCCCGACACUCUGGGCACGCGCACCAAUUUCCAGAGCGCCUCUGCCGGCGGCAACACCGCCUUCCAGAGCUCCGGGCCAGAGGGCUCCUUCCAGAGCGCCGGCACCAGCUUCCAGGGCACGGACGCUAACGGCAACUUCUUCCAGAGCAGCGUGUCCAGCGGCCCGGGCAGCGCCCAGAGCGUGCAGACGGCCUUCACCGGCAGCGGGGUCGGACCCCUGGGCGUGCGCUCCAGCUUCCAGAGUGCCUCCUCGACCGGAGACGUGGGCCCCGGCCCGGCUCUGGCAGUCCAGAGCGCCGUGGCCCAGGCGGAGGCGCAGGUUCAGCAGGCGGUCAACCAGAUCAACCAGCUGCAGGCGGCGCUGGCCAACCUGGGCUAGACCAGCCGGGGAUAGCUCGUCGGGGGAGUGUAGGAGAUGUAAGGCUAGGAGCUUCCUUCCUCGAACAGAUGAGUGCAUAACCACCACAGCUGUGACGAAGUUGUCAUUAGGUGGAAUGCGGAAAGUACUGGAGGAGAUGUGAACAGGAAUCAGUGGAUCUAUGUGGAGUGCUGAGAAGAGGGCAUCUGAGAUAGCUAUGUUAUCUUUCAUCAGCGAUCAGAGAGUCAUGCUCUGUCGUUUGCGGCAUACUGGCCCUUCAGGUGCGUUGUGCCAUUCAUGAGAGGCUUUGGGUCUAUCAUGUACACUGCAAUUAGUGGGGACUGAUGACAUGCAUUGGUAUACGCACUUCAUCGGCGAUUCCGCUGACUUUGCAGAAAAUAUACAUACACGGAGUGACAUAUA